CGCUGCCUGGCAGUGAUCGAAGACAGCCAUGAGUGGGGACUCUCUGCUCCCGUAUCACACGGCCCAGAGCAGCACCGGGCUGGGCCUGUUCAAAAGCACCAUGGGGGAGCUGCAGCAGCAACUGCACAACGGCGAAUACGACAUUUUCAAGUACGCGCCGAUAUUCGAGAGCGACUUUAUCCAGAUCACGAAGAGGGGACACGUGAUUGACGUGCACAACUGUGACUGCACGGUGACCGUGGGCAUCGCAUCCACCAGCCCCGUCCUCCCACUCCCAGACAUCAUGCUGCUGGCCCGACGGGCCACCGGCUGUGAACAGCACGCUGAGCACAGCCAGCCCACCAAGGGGAAGAGCCACAAGGUUGCCAAGACCUUAGAGCUCACCAGGCUCCUUCCCUUGAAGUUUGUGAGGAUCUCCACGCACGAUCGUGACAAACGACAGCUGCGCGUGAAGUUUGCCACUGGCCGCUCCUUCUACCUGCAGCUGUGUGCCCCUCUGGACGCGCAGGAAGACCUCUUCGCCUACUGGGAAGAGCUGAUUUACCUCCUGCGACCACCAUUGGACGGUCACAGCCGCACCUACGCUGUUCCAGCCGGGGACAUGAUCUGCAGGACUCUGUUCGAGGAGGAGGAGGAGGACGGGAGGAGCCCGGCAGUGGAGGAUUUCCAAGGAGAGUGGGAUGAGGACCAGGUGAGCAUCAGGAGCCUCCACACGCCCUCUGAGGUGGCCGCGGUCGGGUCUGCAGCUUUUGCUGGCGGGGAGGGGAUCCAAUUGGACUCCCACAAGCCCGAUACCAUGUCCGAUGUGGCCACUGCCAAAGCAAAACCUACAGUGCUUGACAAAGAGUCAGCAUCGCGGGCAACGACAAAGGUGGAGACAGCAGAGGUGGCAGGCGGCACCGCAGCGGGUGCUUUGAGCGUGGCAGAGAUCAAGUCUCCUGCCCCCGAAGAGCAGAGCAUGGCCAUAGCAGCCACAGCCAGCAAGGGUCCAGGAGCAAGUAAAACCAACACAGCCACUGGGGGCACUGCGGGGAACAAGACCAUCCAAAAAGCAGCCGGCCCGGGCUCAGGCAGCCGGAGAUUAACCCAGAGCUUCCGAGAAGACUAG